AUUCACAGUCAUACCUUUCGACGCACUUCAUCCUUUCCCUGCUGAACACUGCACAGACACAAUCCUUCUCGAACGUUGCUGCUGUCCUGUCCUGACUCUACCUAGCGCUGCAAACACAACGUUAUUUGACGCACUUACGACCUGGAAACUCGCCAGCCGUGAUCUGGCGCCUGUUGCGGUCUGUUUAGGGAGGACACCGUGUACAAUAUGUCCGAAAAACCACCUAGAAGUCGUCUUGCGACGCUCCUUCUCCUUCUCGUAUGUGUAGCGGGCAUCUACGCUUCCUACUUGACGCAAGGCAUCGUCAACGAGCACUUGCAGCUCAAACGGUUCGGACCGCAGCAGGAGCGAUUUCUCCAUCUGGAGUCCCUCAACGGCGCCCAGGCAGUUACCUGCUUUAUCUGGGCGUGGAUCAUCCUGCAAGUGAUGGUGAUGACGGGGCGGUCGUCCAAGGCGGACAUGGCGUCCUGGCACGACUACUGGCGGGCGGGUAUCACCAACUCCGUGGGCCCCGCCUGCGGUAUGGUGGCGCUUAAGAACAUCACCUACUCCGCGCAAGUGCUGGCCAAGUCCUGCAAGAUGGUGCCAGUGAUGCUUAUGGGCGUGAUGCUGCACGGCAAACGGUACACGUUCGUCGAGUACGUGUGCAUGUCGCUCAUCGGGCUGGGCGUGGCGGCCUUCGCGCAGAAGGGCCGCGCCGGUGGCGUGGUGUCUCCCAACCCGCUGCUGGGCUACUCGCUGUGCCUGGUCAACCUGGCAUUCGACGGCUACACCAACGCCACGCAGGACGAGAUCAACAAGCGCCACCCGCGCAACAGCAGCAUCCACAUGAUGUGCUGGAUGAACUUCUGGACCGCCAUCUAUUACGCCGCCUACAUGUUCCUGCCCUGCGCGCUGCCCGGCGCCGGCGGCACCUGCACCGGCAUGGACCUGGUGUCCUUCUGCUCGCGCCACCCCGACGCGCUGCUGGACCUGGUCAUCUUCUGCCUGUGCGGCGCCAUCGGCCAGUUGUUCAUCUUCUUCACCAUCAAGACCUUCGGCUCGCUGGUGACCACGCUGGUGUGCACCACGCGCAAGUUCUUCAAUAUCCUGCUGUCGGUGGUGUGGAACGGCAACCCGCUGCUGGCCAACCAGUGGUUGGGCGUGGCCAUGGUGUUCGCGGGCCUCCUCAUGCAGGGCUACAUGAAGGGCAAGAAGCCGCACCACAAGAAGAAGGCGGAUUAAGGGGGCAUGUCGCUGCGGCGUUGAAGUACGACACCGGUGCGUGCGGCGUAGGAGCGGGAGCACGAGGAGUAGGUAUCAGAGGAGGAAGAGCUGGAGUGAAGAGAGGACCGGGAAACGGGCUGGGAAACCGGCACUGGGCGAGCGGGCAUAGGAGAGAGCCGGACUUCUGUGAGAGUGUGUGAAGCAGAGUCACAAACUCGGGAAGAGGCCUGCCGGGAAUGUUUAAUGGCCGUAUGGGCAUGGGAACUAGGUAACAGAUGAAGGCCAAAGCAGCGACACACGGACGCUGAGUGACUGAACGGAGCCCAAUGCUGGGUGCUUGGGGGAUAAGUGCUAAUUUGUUUUACUGACGUGCAAGAGCGUCACUGACCUAACGAUCUUGGACUUGGGACUGUAGCACCUCUGGACUGCCGUUGUUAUAUGCGCAAGAGGAGUGGGAAUGAUCCGUCUCGCGCGCGCUGGCUGCUCAAGGCACAGCCUGUGCCUGCUGGACUUGUGGUGGAUUUGCAUGGGCUGAGCAGGGCUGAGUACGCUAUCAACCUCGCAUUGUGCAUUAUAAAUCGUUAACUUGGCCGUGGA